AUGGAUCUCCGUGUCGGUAAUAAGUACCGCAUCGGUCGAAAGAUCGGUUCCGGUUCGUUCGGUGAUAUUUAUCUUGGCACCAACAUCAUCUCGGGCGAAGAAAUCGCCAUCAAGCUAGAGUCUGUUAAGGCGAAGCAUCCUCAACUCGAAUAUGAGGCUCGAGUUUACAAGUCUCUUGCUGGUGGCGUUGGUAUCCCCUUCGUCCGCUGGUUUGGAACCGAAUGCGACUACAAUGCCAUGGUACUAGAUCUUCUCGGCCCUAGUCUGGAGGACCUUUUCAACUUCUGUAACAGGAAGUUCUCCCUCAAGACGGUGCUACUCCUUGCCGACCAACUGAUUUCACGAAUCGAAUAUAUCCAUGCUAAAUCAUUUAUUCACCGCGACAUCAAACCCGACAACUUCUUGAUGGGCAUCGGCAAACGAGGUAAUCAGGUCAAUGUAAUUGACUUUGGACUGGCCAAGAAAUACCGAGACCCCAAGACUCACUUCCAUAUUCCUUACCGUGAGAACAAGAACUUGACUGGCACUGCCAGAUAUGCAUCUAUUAAUACCCAUCUUGGUGUUGAACAAUCCCGCCGUGAUGAUAUGGAAUCAUUGGGCUAUGUUAUGCUGUACUUCUGCCGAGGCUCCCUCCCUUGGCAGGGCCUUAAGGCUGCUACCAAGAAGCAGAAGUAUGACCGCAUCAUGGAAAAGAAGAUGACUACGCCAACCGAGGUUCUCUGCCGUGGCUUUCCCAACGAGUUUGCCAUCUACUUAAACUAUACCCGGUCUCUUCGAUUUGAUGACAAGCCCGACUACAGCUACCUUCGAAAGAUCUUCCGUGAUCUCUUUGUCCGUGAAGGAUUCCAGUACGACUACGUUUUCGAUUGGACCGUUUACAAGUAUCAAAAGAAUGCCCAAGCAAUUGCACAGGCGGCGGGUCAGGGCGAGAACGAAGACGACAAGGCCCGACGAACUACUGCUGCGACGGGAGGUCAGACCGCCCAAUCUGGUGCUGUUAAGCCAAACCCGAUCCCCAGCUCUCGCCGUAAGGUGAUCGAGCGCGGUGUUCCCGGCGUUGACACUCUAGAAGCCAACCGUGCCGUCGGAGGAAGCGACAGGAUGCUGCGAUCAGCUUCCAAAGGUCAGGGUGCUGGCUCUGGAUAUGCAUCUGGAUCCUACCGACCGAAAUGAUUCGACGGUAUUUUCACAGUGGUGACGACUGUUACGUUGUAGCAGGCUUGCCGAAGGGUUGACCUGCACAACGGAAAGUAACUCGGAAUCGUGGUAGCCUCAUUAUUCUCCCUCUGCAUUGGCUCACGAACGUCCCGCCAUGGACUUACGCCUAUUAUUGCUGGAUAGAGGACCACGCACGAUCCCUUUCAUAUCGUAUGGAUUGCUAUUGUUUCCGUUCUUCGAUGACUCGCGGUUUGCGACUUAACUCCGUGGCUCGAACAACCUGGCAACACUAGAAGGCGUAGACUUGUGACUUGUGCACAUUCGACGUUUUUCUUAGGUGUGGCUAGGGUUGUUUGAAAGGCACUUCCGGCACUUUGAUUCAUUCGGGGUGUCGAUAUGGAAUUAAGUCUAUCACGGCAUAUCAGCCUCAAUUCUUUGCUUUUUAUGCAUAUGAAGUAGAGGAUGAUGCCUACCCGGAGCUCGAGCUUCUACAACUCUCGAAUUGAUCUUGUUCUACUUCGAGUGGUUGACGCCCCUUCGAUGCGAUCGAUCAGCCUUCUGAUAUGACAAGCUUCUUUGUU